AUGCUGACAGAGGAGGCACGAGCCCACGCGGCCCUAGAGGCUCAUCGCAAGGCGCUCAAUAGGCAUCGCAGGGCUCUCGACACGCUGGUGCUACGGCAGACCAACGCGGCCCAGAACAGUCAAAGCGAGGUGCUAAACAAGUAUCGUGAAUCUCUCGAUGACCACCACAAAGCCCUCGACAGGUAUCGCAAGACGCUCGACAAGCAUUGCGCGGUUUUCGAGCGACUCAUGAUCAGGCAACCCAGCAUGGCCCACGACAAGCAAAACAAGGCGCUUGAUAAGCAUCGGGAGUCUCUCAUCAAGUACCGCCAGGCGCUGACCAAGUUCUCGAAGGCCUGA